AUGGCAGCUCUUGGUAUGUCGGCAUUCCCUCUCAGAAGGGUCGGCAUCCGCGUCGCUUCUGCAGAGCUGUUCACUUGCCGUCAAUGUCUACGACAGCGCAACGAUGCGACGAGGCUCUUCAGUAGUCGGACUACACCACGUACACCAUCCCAGAAAUCUCCUCGAGUUAGCUCCUAUCUUGGUGCGUUACAGAAGAACUUCAAGGCCUUUACGAUUCCUCGCUCGGCUUCCUUAUCUACGGCCACCGCAACACAACAAACCCUAGAGCAAGGGGCCACGGCUACAAAAUCCCGCUUUCCGGACGUGAGUAGCAAGGCAGUCGCAUACUGGCUUUUGGGCAGUGCCGCAAGUGUUUUUGGAAUUGUCAUUUUUGGAGGAUUGACAAGAUUGACCGAGUCUGGACUGAGUAUCACAGAAUGGAGACCCGUAACCGGCUCAUUGCCCCCAAUAAACAACGAUGAUUGGGAGGCUGAGUUUGCGAAAUACAAAAACUCCCCCGAAUACAAGAUCCUCAAUCCAAACAUGAACCUGUCUGAGUUCAAAUCGAUCUACUACAUGGAAUGGAUCCACCGACUCUGGGGUAGAUUCGUAGGAUUAUCAUUUGUUAUUCCCGCCGUCUACUUUGUUGCCAGGGGAAAGGUCUCGAAACCAAUGGCUUGGCGUUUAGCUGGUAUUUCGGGUCUUAUUGGAUUUCAAGGGUUUAUCGGAUGGUGGAUGGUCAAGUCGGGCUUGAAGGAUGAUCUAUUUGCUCCUGGCAGUCAUCCCCGAGUCAGCCAGUAUCGUCUGACUGCCCACUUAGCUGCUGCUUUUACCUGUUAUGUCGCCAUGCUCUGGAACGGUCUUGCAAUUCUACGAUCUCACAGACUUCUCACAGAUCCUCAGGCUGGUACGGAAUCACUUAAUGCUUUGCGAAACCCUAAGCUUGCAGUGUUCCGUCGCUCUGUUGCCGGUCUGGCUCUCUUGGUUUUCGCUACAGCAAUGUCCGGAGGACUUGUCGCUGGUCUCGAUGCUGGUCUGAUUUAUAACGAGUUCCCGUUCAUGGGCAACGGAUUGACACCUCCCAAGUCUGAAUUGUUUGAUGAAAGGUACUCUCGUCACUCGGACCGAUCCGAUCUCUGGUGGAGGAACAUGCUCGAGAAUCCAUCCUUGGUCCAACUCGAUCACCGUGCUCUCGCCAUGACCACAUUCUCCGCCGUCAUGGCUCUAUGGGCAUACUCUAAAUCCUCAUCCAUGAAGAAACUCUUACCUCGUAACGCCCAGAAGGGUGUUCAUGGUGUCGUCGCUUUCACCUUUGUGCAGGUAACUCUUGGUAUUUCUACACUGCUUUAUCUCGUUCCCACGCAUCUUGCGUCGACUCACCAGGCUGGAAGUUUGUUCCUUUUGACCUGGGUUCUUGUGCUGGGUAGUAGGAUCUGGCACCCUUCAAGGACGGCUAGAUUGUUGCAGAUGGCUGCAAAGGCUAGAGGUCAGCCAGUGGGUGCAUCUACUGCGAAUGCGGUUAACGCCUUGAAGAAGUAG